AUCAAUUGUGUAAAUCUUUUAAUUUGUGAUUAUCAAUUUUCAGAACUCUAUAGAUUAUUACGUUUAGCUUUAUUCUUCGUAAUUAUCGUAUUUAAAGUCGUGAUGAAAAGAAAAAUUUGACAUGUAGCAAAAUGCAUUUUCGCAAUUGUUCUCCAAAUGCCUUUGUCGAAAAUACCAACAGAUUGUGACAUUUGACACAUCGCGUUGUCGGUAGACGUUAUGCAACUGGAUGCACCCAAUAAAUUAAAUCGCGAACUUGCAUUAUUAAAAGUGUCAGAAAAGCAGUUUGAGCAACAAUCAGCACAUCUCGCAAAUUGUGCAAUUGUAAACUUUUAUAAAUCAAAGUACAAUUGCCGUCAUAGCAGUAAGGUGCGGAAUCGCGCGCAACUUACAUGUGACUUAAAAUUUUUUAUUGGAUUAUUAUUCAUUACUCGACAUGAACAUCCGAUAUCAGUUUUUAUUAUUAAUUCAUAUGCUAUGCUGUGCUGUGACAAUUCAUGGCAUUUUAUUGGAUGCAAACGAUCCCGAAACAUGCAAUUUGCUGUGCGUACAAUGUAACGCUACUGCAGUAUUCGCGGACGGCCGCUGUGAAUGCAAUUUUACUGACAAUAAUGACGAAGUUUCAGGUACGGAAUGCAUACAGAGCAUACAAAAAGAAAUUCAAGCUAUCGAAUUGAAUAUGCUUUCCGACGAUUUGACAGACGAGGAGCGAAACGUACGUUCUAUUUUAAAAUACAGACGUCGUCUUAGACCGGGAGAUGCCGAGAAAGUGGCACAGUAUUUUAUCAAUGGAGGACCAGCAGCUGGUCACUCCCAUUUUGUCAGGGCGUUCAAUGCGGCUCGCGAUAGCGACGAUUCUUCUUCGACAAAUUCGUUUUCGGGCGUGGUUGAAGAAAGUAACCCCGAAGACGGAUUUCACAGUGCAUCGUUAACCAGUCCCGUUUCUUGGAAUACAUGCGACUCUCCGUUGUAUAUGGUAUCAGAAUCCGCACCCUCGUACGCGAGUCCGACCAUGCAAGGCGCAGAGAUGUAUCUUCCGACCCACCACUCAAGGACGAUGAAUCCAGCUAUCGCCUAUCCAAGAGGAUUUUACGAACCGACGGGUCUAUUGGAUUCAAUCGUUCAUCCACACGGAUUGCCUCUUCAUCACCCUUUAUUAAGAGCGGCCAGCCUUCCUGCACAUGUUUUGCAUCAUAUAUUACACCCUCAACGAGUGUACCAUCAUCAUCCUGUGUAUCAUCAUCACGUCAGAAAUUCUCGUUUCCCAUCGGAUAAAUCAGAUACAAACAUUGUUAGUCAACCAUGUGAAAAUAAUGGUGGUUCCACAACUUCCAGCCAUCUGACCGCUAAAAAUAAUGCAGAUGGGCCUACUGAGCAAAAUGUUCACGGCUCAACUGCUCCAUCACAGAUCCAUCCAGAACCAUACGUUACUCGCGCACAAAUUCCGUUUUAUCAAUCAAUGGAAUAUCAACCAGUGGAAUAUCAGAAUCACCCUUAUCAAUAUACUUCUUAUUAUAGUCCUUUUAUGAACAUGCUCCAUCCUAUCACUAAUGGCUAUGUUCUUCAACUUGCAUCACCCUAUGGAAGAGAUACAUCGGACCCGCUCAUUACUGCAAGUAAUCCAUACUCUUUUUGCGAAAACAACGCAAAUACUGAACAGAAAAGUGGAGUUUCAACAGCUGAUAAAACUCGUUUCAAUAAUGAAACAGAAAAAUCCAACAGUACAACUAAAAACAACAUUCCUCAAGAGAAAAAAUCUGAGAAAAACGAAACCGAUUAAUCAUAAGCAAGAUAAAUUAAACAUAUUGUAUUUAUUUAUCUAUCUAAUAUAUAAGCUUAAUAUUUUUUAAUGUUAUAUCGAAUUUGUACAGCAAGAACAAAAAUAGCAAUAUAAUUAUUAAAUUUAUUUUCUUCCUAAUGAGCAGUAUUAAUUAUAUAUCUUUAAAAAAAAUUCAACACUAACAUCAAUUCAUUUCAGCCAUUCUAUUUUAAAUAAACUAAAAAAUAUACACAUA